UACUUUUCCAAUUAUUUAUUUAUUUAUUAACCCACCACCACCACAAAACACCUCAAUUCUCAAAUUUAUAUAUUUAUUUUAAAUAUUUUACUUUUUUUCAUUUAUAGAAUAAUAUCAUAAAAAUAAUAAAAUAAAUCUAUAAAUCUUUCAAAAAUGAGUGUUAGUGUUUCAAAUCCAAAUAUUGCUAAAACCUCAAUGAGAGGUUUAACCAAUUUUAUAUCAGAUUUAAGAAAUGCAUCAAAUAAAGAAAAUGAAGAAAAAAGAGUUACAAAAGAAAUGGCUCAUAUUAGAAAAGAAUUUAAAGAAAAUAAAAAUAUUGAUGGUUAUCAAAGAAGAAAAUAUGUUUGUAAAUUAGUUUAUAUGUAUAUGCUUGGUUAUGAAUUAGAUUUUGGUCAUAUGGAAGCUGUAACUUUACUUUCAUCAACAAAAUUCUCAGAGAAACAAAUUGGUUAUAUUGCACUUGGUAUUUUAUUAAAUGAACAACAUGAAAUGUUACCAUUAAUUAUUAAUUCAUUUAAAGAGGAUUUAUUAGCACGUAGUGAAUAUUUCCAAUCAUUAGCAUUAGCUGCAAUUUGUAAUAUAGGUGGUAAAGAAAUAGCUGAAUUUCUAGCUCCAUUAAUUCAAAAAUUAAUCAUUGCAAACACAACAACACCAAUGGUUAAAAAGAGAUGUGCAUUAGCAAUUUUAAGAAUGAAUCGUAAACAUGUUGGUUCAGUUACACCAGAUUCAUGGGUUGAGCGUUUAGUUUCAGUUUUAGAUGAACCUGAUUUUGGUGUUUUAAAUUCAUUAAUGAGUUUACUCAUUGAGUUGGCAUCCGAAAAUCCAACAGGUUGGGAACCAGCUAUUCCAAAGGUUAUUCAUUUAUUAAAAAAAAUUGUUAUUAAUAAAGAAUUUCCAAAAGAAUAUGUUUAUUAUCAUAUUGCAUGUCCAUGGUUACAAGUUAAAUUAUUAAAAUUCCUUAUAUUUUUCCCAGCACCAGAUGAUUCACAAGGUGGUAAGGUCUUGACUGAAAUUUUAGCUGCAAUUUUUUCACAAUCCGAAUCAGCAAAAGCUGGUACUGUUAAUCAUAAAAAUUCAUUAAAUGCUGUUCUUUUUGAAGCUAUUAAUUUAAUUAUUCAUCUUGACAAUGAUCCAGCUUUAUUAAAACAAACUUCAUUAUUAUUAGGUCGUUUCAUAACUGUCAAAGAAACAAAUAUUAGAUAUUUAGGUUUAGAAGCAAUGUCACAUUUUGCUUCUUUAUCAAACGAAACAUCGAUUAUGAUCAAAAAAUAUCAAGACACAGUAUUAUUAUCAUUAAAAGAUUCAGAUAUCAGUAUUCGUAGAAGAGCUUUAGAUUUACUAUAUGGAAUGUGUGAUAAAAAUACAUGUAAACAUAUUGUUGCUGAAUUAUUAUCAUAUUUACAAACUGCAGAUUAUGCGAUUAGAGAAGAGUUGGUUAUAAAGAUUGCAAAUUUAGCAGAGAAAUUUGCAUCAAAUUAUUCGUGGUAUGUUGAUGUUAUUCUUCAAUUAAUUACAACCGCUGGUGAUUUUGUUGGUGAUGAUAUUUGGUUCAGAGUUGUAAAGAUUGUUACCAACCACGAAGAUAUUCAAGCAUAUGCUGCCAGUACAGUAUUUAAUGCACUCCAAUCAAGAAAUUGUCACGAAACUCUUAUAAAGGUUGGUGGUUAUAUUUUAGGUGAGUUUGGUCAUUUAAUUGCCGAUAACAACAACUCAUCUCCAAUCAUCCAAUUUAAUACUUUACAUAGCAAGUUUAAUACUUGUAGCCCACAAACUAAAGCUCUCUUAUUGUCCACCUAUGCUAAAUUUGUAAAUUUAUUCCCAGAGCUUACCCAACCAACCCAAGAUGUUUUCAAACAACAUCAAUCCUAUAUCGAUGCUGAAAUUCAACAAAGAGCUUGUGAAUAUUUAAAUCUAACUUCAUUAAAUGAAGAAUUAAUGCAAACUGUACUUGAUGUCAUUCCAGCUUUUAAUGAUCCAAAUAAUACUUCAAAUAAAGAUCAACAACAACAACAACAAAUACCACAACAACAACAAAAUGGGUCAACUAUUAAUAGUCAAGAUUCUAAAAUUAGUUCAGGUGGCUAUACUCCACCACAACAAACUCAACCAAAUAAUGGUUUGGAUUUAUUAGAUCCAUUUGGUUUAGGUUUAGGUCAAGGUCAAGGUCAACAACCAUAUCCACAACAAGCUCAAUAUCAACAACCACAAUCAUUACAACCACAACAAUAUGAUUCAUCACCACAAGAUCAAAAUAUUUUUACAACCAACUCACCACCAGUAUCAGCAGGAUCACCAAUUUCAUCAGGUGGUGCAGCUGAUCCAAUGCAAGUUAAAAUUUUAGCAUCCUACAAAAGACUUUGCCUUGGAUCAGAAGGUGUUCUCUUUGAGGAUAAUAUGUUACAGGUUGGUUUGAAAUCAGAGUAUCAAGGUGGUCAAGGUAGAAUCAUGUUAUACUAUGGUAAUAGUUCAGCUUUCCCAUUAACUAAUUUCAAUGUUACAUUUAACUCUAUUAGUGGUAUUCAAUUACAACCACAAUCAAUUGCCCCAAUAAUUCAACCAAAGGCUCAAAUCCAACAACCUGUCACUUUUUCAUGCACUAGCGAAUUUACUGAAUCUCCAACUAUUGUCAUCAACUUUUUAACACCAGGUAAACCAAUCACAAUUAAUCUUCGUCUCCCAAUUAUUAUAAGUAAAUUCUUUGAACCUCUUCGUCUCUCAAGUGGUGACUUUUUUGGUCGUUGGAAGACAAUCUCUGGUAAACCAUUAGAAACUCAAGAGGUUUUCAAAUCCAGUAAACCAAUCGAUAUUAAUUCAUAUAAUAGAGUUUUACAAGAUGGUUUGAAUAUUACAGUCCUUAAACAGGUAGAUCCAAAUCCAAACAAUAUCGUAGCAUCUUGCCUCUUCCCAUUCAGUUCCAAUGGUCAACCAAUUUCAACAUAUGUUAGAAUUGAAACGAAUCCACAAGCAAAUAUGUGUCGUUUAACAAUUAGAUCUCAAUCUGCUACUCUUACAAAUACAGUUAAAAAUUUAUUAAUUUCUCAUUUACAAUAAAAAUAAAAAAAUUAAAUAU